AUGGCACCACGAAUCGAGAAGAAACAUAGCAAAGAGUACAAAGCGCGAGAAAUCCAAAAGAGCCUGGUCAAAAAGGCCCGUUUGAGAAAGGAUUAUCUGAAAGCUUUGAAAGAAGAAGGAUAUACAGCACCGGAAAAGAAGAGUAGUGAGGCUAAAGUCAGCUUUAAACAGAUGAAAGAGCGUAAUGCUGCUGGUAACCGCCAGAAACUGGACGAGAAGAAGGAAAUGAAAAAGCUGCGCAACAAAAAGCAACAUGAGAAAACGUUAGAGCGACAGAAGCAGGAACAAGAGAGGCUAAAGGACGCCAGAGAGCGGGAAAGACAAAGGCAAGUUAGAUCCUCCAGAGUUACUCAGCGCACGCGUUCCGGACAACCAUUAAUGGGCCCCAAAAUUGAUGAUUUACUCAGUCAAAUAAAAGCAGAUGAUACUUACACCAAAUAA